AUGCGCCGACCGUCAGAUAGCUUGACCGAGCCCGCUCGGAACCUCGAAGAAUCCAUCGGGCCCCCAUCGCCAACUACACCCGACCCGAACACCGAUCUUUCUCUCCCGCCUCCUGAAGAGCAGAUAGUGAGCCACCAGGUUGACGGCGACGUUGAUCCCGCUACCGUCACACCGCCCCCGCACAUUGCCGCCCGCCUCUUCAUCCAGCCCACGAACCAGACCCGCCGCAAGGAUAGUGCAGCUUCGUCUCGUCGCAACAGCAUCUCGUCCGCCCAUUCCCGCUCUUCCCAUGGCUGUGGUCGCGACAUCGGUCCUCAGAGCAAAUAUGUCGCCCAACACUUGCGCCGCGCCUCUAUCCUCGAGGACCGUAAGGCGCGACUGGCUGACCGCGCCGCCCAUGCUGAGAAAGUUCGCAUUCGAGCCGCCAAGGCUAAGGCUGCCGUCAAGGACAUUACACAGAGCGAAGAGAGAGCCAUUGCCGCCGCCAUGGCCCGCGAGCGCAACCUAGCCGAAAUCGCCGCUGCCUGUGCUGAAGAGGUCAAGAGGGCCAAACAGAUUGCAGAGACGAUGAAGGAGAAGCGCGAGCAGGAGAACAAGAAACUCAAGAUUCAGAUGGAGGAGCGUCUUGCCGAAGCCGAAAGGAGAAGGGAAGAACUUCGCAACCGCAACGCAGCCAAAGUUAAGUGCAGGGAGCGCGGUCAAAGCAUUGUCACGAGAAAGCCCACUUUGGUCGAGGUUAUGCCCGAGGUCAAGGAAGUCAAGGAGCGCGAGUCGAGUCCUAUCAGGCCCGAUGCUGCCGCCGGUAGGAUCCAGUGGUGGUGGAAAUCCAUGAGUCGCAAACGCGCUGUAGCCGACUUCGCCGCGCUAGGCUUGACCAUCGAUGUGGUCAGGGAGACGUCGUUCGAUACGGUUACCAGCUUGCUGUCACAGGAGAACGUCUUGGUGGCGACGUCUCGAGUUCUUCGGAUCUGUGGGCUCAAUGAGGGUGCGCCUGGGUCGGUGGAAGAGAUGACGGCGGUCCGCUCUUUUCUGAGCGCAUUCCUCAUUCUCGGUCACCCAUCCCAGGUGCUUAGCAAUAAGGAGGGUACCGGAGAACCAGAGCAGGUUGGGUCCGCCCUGGCGAAACCAAUCCCUCGUGAUGAUCUGGCUAACCCUCAGUUGCAGGAACUCGUUGGCAAAGCUGGUGACCUACUAAUCUCGUUUGAGAACAUUCUAGGGCGACUGACCGCGUUUAAUAACUAUACUCCGCCGCCAGCACUGUUGGAGUCGUUCCCUGAGGUGUACGCUACCUUCUACAAUGCUUUCAUUGCAUGGAAGGCUCGCGACUCCAGCUCCCUGGUUGAGCUCAUGGUCAUGCAGUUCGUCGAGCUCGAUGCCAUCUGGGAGUCCGUCAAGGACAGCACAGACGGGUCCGUUGAUCAGGUGUACCGGGAAAGCAUCCGGGACAACCAGCUACUGCUGUUGGUCAGGAUCAAAAAGCUCGCUGGGCCCACUCGUGGCAAGCAGCUGGUAACUGAAGCCGUCAGGGCGGCUCGCAAGGCUAGAGUCAAGAAGCCUCGCGGUGAUAUGAAGCCCCGUGUGGCAGACCAGUCAGAAUCAGAGACAGCCAUGGGCGUGCUCGGCGACGACAGCAACCAGGGUCAACAGACACAGACUCCCACGCCUCCGUCAACUCCCGCCAGGAAAGGCGAGACCUUCAAGAUCAGCGUCGUACUACCACACACCAAGAGCCUCUUGCCAGAAAACAGGGUGGUUGUUCAUGAGCUGGCCAUCAACAGAGACUUCCGUACCGAGCCUAGCGAAUACCACGAGCAACAAGCUCAUCUGCUCGCACCCCUCUUCCAAGAGAUGCGGGCAACGAUGCAGGCAGACAACCAGGAAGUACACUUCAUGUUGCUGCUACGCGUCGCCGAUAUGAUCCGCGAAAAGCUCCAAAGGCUGGUUCGCCCCGGAAACCCCAUGCACACGCUGAUCGGCGAACUUCUUGACACGGAAAUGGCGCAGCGUCAGUUUGCUAUGGGCAGCUUCUCGUACGAGAAGCUGUUCCAAGCCAUGGCGACACUUCUGCCCAAGCUCUGCGCCCCCGUCCGGGACGACGAAGUCAAGAUCCUUGCUGAGGAGAAGCUUGUACAAGGCACGUAUGUCGAUCGUCUCGAGGCUUUGAACGCCUUCAUCGAUGUCAUGCUGAGUGAUUAUGCCAACUACCUACUUCAACAAGCUGCACCGCAACUCAUCGAGCAGGCGCCCUCUUACGAAGCCAAGGCCUUCGCCACCGACAUCGAAGCCGGGCGCUACGAUCUUUCUGCUGCGAAAGCCGCCUGGCGUAACGCCCGUGAGAAACUGAUGGGUGAAGUUAGCCGCCGCGACCCUGAAGGCGUUGACAUCCCUCGCUCUCGUCCGAACGGCAACAAGAUCUAUAACCAAAUGCUUGUGGAUCUCUUCACCCAACCCCAUCCACCAAGCAUCGACGAAAUGCCCGAAAUGCUGCGGCUCGACCACAAGCGCGUCGUAGAAGCAGGACGCGUUACCAAAAGGAUCAUCACCACAGGUGCCAUCCUUCUCCAGUGCAAGAACCUACUGAAGCGCGACGUCCGUGGCCCCUGGCGCACCGAAUCCCAACGUAUCCUUGCCGUACUCGAGCGCAGCGAAUCUUCUUCCGAUCCAAUCCCCUCUGAGCAAACAGUAGAUGGCAUCCUCACAGCCCUUGAGGCCGGACGCUCCAUGCCCGCUGCCACCAAGGUUCACCUGCGUGCCUUUGUCACCAAGCUCGUCCUCUCGUCUGCUGCUAUCACUGCCGAAAACCGUGAGCCUAGCGACCCUGUCCUUCGUCUUCUUCUCAGCAGGUUGCGGGCCUAUGUCUCGCAAAGACUAGCUGCUAGUGCGUCGGCUUCGGAGAAGGUCAAGGCUACUAGCACCGCUGGAGAGAAGCUUGCGGGCUUGGGGCUGGCGGAGUUUGUGGAUAAGGUGAGAGAUCUGGUGGACAUGCUUGGGAGAGUUGGGGAUGUGGAUAGAGGGGCACAUGGCGGGUGGUGGGAUCAGGUCGCUGAGGCGGUUGAGGCUGAGGGUCGGUAG